CCACAGAGCAACACCAGCCUUUUGUUGAUACCCUUUACGUUUCUUCCCAUUCGCAAAAUGUCGUAUAACAAUCCCACUCAGAUAUUUGCAGAGGAUGUUACGGAGGAGAAGGGCGAGAAUGCGCGUCUGUCCGCGUUCGUGGGAGCUAUUGCUGUCGGUGACCUCGUAAAGAGUACCCUGGGGCCGAAGGGCAUGGACAAGAUAUUACAGUCCGCUUCAACGGGCGAGAUCAUGGUCACGAACGACGGAGCUACCAUCCUGAAAGCGAUCGCGCUCGACAACGCCGCCGCAAAAGUGCUCGUCAACAUAUCAAAGGUCCAGGACGACGAGGUGGGAGACGGAACAACAUCGGUCACCGUGCUGGCUGCGGAGCUGCUACGAGAGGCCGAGAGGCUCGUGGACCAGAAGAUACAUCCGCAAACCAUCAUCGAGGGCUACAGGAUAGCAAGUCAUGCAGCCCUGCAAGCGCUGGAGAAGACGGCGGUGGACAACAGCCACGAUGAGAAGGCCUUCAGGCGAGAUCUCGAGGCUAUCGCCCGAACAACUCUGAGCUCUAAAGUGCUCAGCCAGGACCGGACGCAUUUUGCGAAGCUUGCCACCGACGCCGUACUGCGGAUGAAGGGAUCUACCGACCUCACGCAUAUCCAGAUCAUCAAGAAAGCUGGAGGAAAGCUCAAGGACUCAUACCUGGACGAAGGGUUCAUCCUCGACAAGAAGUUCGGUGUCAACCAGCCCAAGCGGAUAGAAAAUGCCAAGAUUCUGGUCGCGAACACGGCAAUGGACACGGACAAGAUCAAGAUCUUUGGCGCGAGGGUCAAGGUCGACUCAACCGGAAAGCUCGCCGAGUUGGAGAAGGCGGAGCGCGAGAAGAUGAAGGCUAAGGUCGAGCGGAUCAAGGCACACGGCAUCAACUGCUUCGUCAACCGCCAAUUAAUCUACAACUGGCCGGAGCAGCUCUUCGCGGAUGCGGGCAUCUGCUCAAUCGAGCACGCAGACUUUGAUGGCGUCGAGCGAUUGGCAUUAGUGACCGGAGGAGAAAUCACGUCGACAUUUGACCACCCAGAGAACGUCAAGCUCGGUCAUUGCGAUUUGAUUGAGGAGGUGAUCAUUGGCGAGGAUACGCUGAUCAAAUUUUCGGGUGUUGCAGCAGGUAGAGCAUGCACUGUCGUGCUCCGCGGGGCAACCGAGCAGCUCCUCGACGAAGCAGAGCGGUCACUUCACGAUGCUUUGGCUGUCCUUUCACAAACGGUCAAGGAGCCCAAGACGACGCUGGGCGGCGGAUGCGCAGAGAUGGUCAUGGCCAAGGCGGUCGCGGAGGCAGCACAGAACGUCGCCGGCAAGAAGGCCAUUGCAGUGGAGUCCUUCUCGAAGGCCCUGCAACAGCUUCCUACUAUCCUUGCCGAUAACGCGGGAUUGGAUUCCAGCGAUCUCGUUACGCGGCUGCGAAAAGCCGUGUAUUCAGGCUUGACAAGCUCCGGACUGGAUCUCUUGACACCUGGCGGGGGCAUUGCCGACAUGAGGCAGCUAGGCGUCAUCGAGAGCUACAAGCUGAAGCGUGCGGUCGUUUCUUCGGCCUCGGAGGCUGCAGAGUUACUGCUUCGGGUAGACAAUAUCAUACGCUCUGCUCCACGGAGGAGGGAACGCAUGUAAGGGCAUGAUGCCCCGAUGCGUGCAGGCAUGAUGCUGCAACGAGUUCGGCUCUAGAUAGAGUGUAUACUAUGAAUGAAUAUCAAUGCGGCAAGCCAGUGUAAUGGGAAUCCCGA